AUGGCCAUCUCCUAUUCGCCUUCCACCUCUAGCUCAUCUACGUCUAAUGGUCACCAGUUGGACAUCUCUCGGCGCAAUCCACAAGAAGAGUAUGACCUUAUAAGCAGGGUCGGCUCUGGUACCUAUGGCGACGUCUACAAGGCGAAACGUCUUCUUACCGGGGAAACGGCUGCCGUGAAGAUUAUAAAACUGGAACCUGGCGAUGAUUUCAGUAUAAUACAGCAGGAGAUUCGAAUGAUGAAGGACUGUUUACACCCAAAUAUUGUUAGAUUCUUUGGGUCCUAUCUCCGCCGUGAUAAACUGUGGAUAUGCAUGGAGUUCUGUGGCGGUGGCUCGCUGCAAGACAUUUACCACUGCACGGGGCCGCUAACGGAAGACCAGAUUGCCUACGUUAUUCGUGAGACUCUGAAAGGAAUUCACUACCUGCAUCACGUGGGGAAAAUCCACCGAGACAUCAAGGGGGCCAACAUUUUGCUCACCGAAGACGGCGACGUCAAGUUGGCUGAUUUUGGCGUUUCUGCCCAGAUCACGGCAACAAUGAGCAAGCGAAAGUCCUUCAUCGGCACCCCCUACUGGAUGGCACCGGAAGUGGCGGCGGUGGAGCGAAAGGGCGGCUACAAUCACCAGUGUGACAUCUGGGCCAUUGGCAUUACCGCCAUCGAGCUGGCCGAACUGCAGCCACCCAUGUUUGACCUGCAUCCAAUGCGAGCCCUCUUUCUCAUGUCAAAGUCGGGCUUCAAGCCUCCCACGUUAAAGGACAAAUCGCGGUGGUCGCUGGAGUUUCACAAUUUUGUCAAGUUGGCUUUAACGAAAAAUCCAAAGAAACGACCUAAUGCUGAGAGACUGCUGCUGCAUCGAUUCGUCUUUCCAAGGCCAGAGCUCCACAAGGAGCUGAUGAAGGAGCUUCUGGAGCGACUAAACAAUCCACAAAGUUACCAAGUGUCACCCACUGGUGAUGAUGAGGAGGAGGAGGCGUUUGAGGAAGCCUCGCAGUACCUCCCUCCACAAAGGAUAUCUUCUAAACGUUCGGUCAUUACUGGAGAUUGUCGACGAGGAGCUUCUGCAAAGACGUCAUUAGUCAAUGGCCUGCCGCCUACCCCGAAGGUGCACAUGGGCGCCUGCUUCUCAAAGGUCUUCAAUGAGUGCCCACUUAAGGUUCAUUGUGCCGCCAGCUGGGUCCACCCCGACACGCAUGAUCAGCAUAUUCUUUUAGGUUGUGACGAGGGCAUCUACUGCUUGAAUUUAAACGAACUUCACGACGCCACUCUUGAUCAGCUGUACCCGCGAAAGACUACCUGGAUGUACGUGAUCAAGAACGUGCUAAUGUCGAUAUCUGGAAAAGCCAGCUACCUGUACCGGCACGACAUUGCUCAACUGUACUCCAAGAAGAACCUUACAUUCGGUCUUCCGUCGACAGUCGAUUCAAUGAUCAACCGAAUUCCGGAGAAGUUGAUGCCUCGCAAGUUCAUGACUGCCUCCACCAGAGUGCCUGACACCAAGGGAACCAUUCGGUGCUGUGUCGGACGAAAUUCCUAUAAUGGUUACAAAUAUCUCUGCGGUAUAGCGCCCAACUCUAUCUUUCUGAUGCAGUUCUACAAUCCACUCAACAAGUUUAUGCUGCUCAAAAGUUUUGAUCACUAUAUUCCGCCGAACAAGCCGCUAAAGCUAUUGGAAAUGAUCAUUGCGCCUGGCAUGGACUAUCCGAUGCUGUGCACUGACGUGCGCACCUCCUCUGAUCCCUCUCAGGUUGAGCUGUCCUUGAUCAACUUGAACGUUCACUCGGGUGCAGUUUGGUUCGACAAGGAUGGCACACUGGAGAGCAGCAGCAACUCAAUGAUUCAGUCUCACCACCUUCAGUAUGACGAACUGGACAUGGAGGCCUUUGGCGACGGCACGGAGACGGUUGUGCCCGUUGCGAGGUUCAAUAAGAAUGGACUGAACCCCGUCAGCGUUAAGCAUCUGGAAGACGACAGCAUUAUGGUCGCAUAUGACAAUCGCAUUAUAAUGGUUGAUUUAAAUGGCAGAUUAAAAUCUAGCCGGACGCAGCCAUCUGAACUCCUCUUUGAUUUUAAAAUCAAUUCUACUGUGUGCCUACCAGAUAGUGUGCUUGCUUUCCACAAUCACGGCAUGCAGGGCCGUUCAUUUAGCAAUAAUGAAAUAGUGCAAGAAAUAACUGAUCCUAGUCGAAGUUUCAAGGUUAUUGGAGCUGACCAGACUAUCGUCCUUGAAUCACGUCCCAGUAAAGAGAGCUACAACACUGACUCCCCUUCCAACUUGUACAUUCUCACCGGUCAUGAGAAUAGCUAUUAA